AUGACGGAGUUCCAGGUUGGCCAACAAUUUCAGGAUAAAGAUGAGGCGCUGUUGAGUGUGAAGACUUACAGCAUCCACCGAGGGGUCCAGUACAAGGUCGUUGAGUCUGACUACCGCAGGUAUGUGGGAAAGUGUUCUGAGUUUGGGAAUGGGUGCACAUGCUUGAUUCGGUUGAGUCUCCAACAGCGGAAGGGCAUUUGGGAAGUGAAGCGGUACAACGGACCGCAUACCUGUCUCGCCACCUCCAUCUCCAGCGACCAUAGGAGUCUGGACUACCAUGUGAUAGCGACAUUCAUUAUGCCGAUGGUAAGGGCUGAUGCCGCCGUCAACAUCAAGGUGCUUCAAAAUGCCACGGCCGCACACUUUGGGUUUAGACCUACGUACAUGAGGGUGUGGAUGGCGAAGCAGAAGGCCGUUGCCGUCAUCUAUGGGGACUGGGAUGAGUCGUACAACGAGCUCCCUCGGUGGGUGUUAGGAGUUCAGCUGACGAUGCCUGGCACUGUAGCAGUCCUCAGGACUUGCCCUGUUCAAGUUGGGGCACAGCAUGACGAGUCUCAGGCUUAUUUUCAUAGGCUGUUUUGGACUUUCCCCCCUUGUAUCGAGGCAUUCCGUCAUUGCAAGCCGUUGGUGAGUAUUGACGGCACCCAUCUAUAUGGCAAGUAUGAGGGAACGUUGCUAGUCGCGAUUGCACAGGACGGAAACUCCAACAUACUCCCCGUGGCAUUUGCACUAGUUGAGGGUGAGAAUGCUGAGUCAUGGUCUUUCUUUCUCUCCCACCUACGUGAGCACGUGACACCUCAGCCGGGUCUGUUAGUUAUUUCAGAUAGGCAUAACGGCAUCAAGGCAGCGCUCGAGGCUCCCAAUGGGGGAUGGCUACCUCCGGCUGCAUACCGGGCGUUCUACAUUCGACACGUUGCAGCGAAUUUCACCCCGACCUUGAAGUGGAGUUCGACUACUGGUUUGACAUUCUGCGCUCUGAGAAUCCAGCAAUGUGUAACUGGGCAAACCGAAUUGAGUAUUCGUUGUGGACACAGUACUGUGAUGAGGGUCGGAGAUUCGGGCACAUGA